UGCGCCUUCUAUUCCCAGCGUCACUGCCUUCUACUUCUUCCUGCAUCCGCGCCCACAGAAGCCCGCCAUCAUCCUGCCCACGACGAGCUGCCCCGCACCUGCAGCCAUGUGCCGGACCCUGUCCGGCUUCCCCACCACUUGCCUGGAAAGAGCCAAGGAGUUGAAAACACGGCUGGGGAUCUUUCUUCACAAGUCAGACCUGGGCUGUGACAUAGGGCGUGCUGGCAAAUUGGAAUUGAGCAGCAAACACAGCAAAGACAGUAGAAAUUUCUCAGAAGAUGUGCUGGGGUGGAAAGAGUCAUUUGAUUUGCUGCUGAGCAGUAAAAAUGGUGUGGCUGCCUUCCAUGCCUUCCUGAAGACUGAAUUCAGCGAGGAGAACCUCGAGUUCUGGCUGGCCUGUGAAGAAUUCAAGAAGAUUCGCUCAGCCACAAAACUAGCCUCCCAGGCACACAGGAUUUUUGAGGAAUUUGUGCGCUGUGAAGCACCAAAAGAGGUGAACAUAGACCACGAGACACGGGAGCUGACCAGGACCAACCUUCAGGCUGCUUCUGCCACCUGCUUUGACGUGGCUCAGGGCAAGACACGCACACUGAUGGAGAAGGACUCCUACCCACGCUUCCUCAAGUCCUCUGCCUACCGGGACCUGGCUGCUCAGGCCGCUGCCACUGCUCCUGCCCAGCCGGCAGGUGACAAUACAUCUGAGCCCUCGCACACUUGAGCAAACCCAGAGGAGUCACCAUAGCCCCUGACUGCCAAGCAGUCACCCUGUGAGAGGGACAGAGGAGGAGAACAUGCUUAGUGGCUUUCCCUUCUGAUACUGUGGGACUGGGAUCCCAGCACAGGAGUCCCCCCUCCGGGACUCUGCAUGAGGACUAAAGGUGAGGGUGGCAUGGGCUUGUUGGGUACAAGGGUGAUGCCAGGGUUCAUUGUCCCCCUCCCUAUCAAGGAUGGUUUUGGAAACACGUGGACAAAAAGAAAUUUGAGCAUGAGGCAGGGUUAUGGACCAGCUGUUGCACAGUGGACUCUGCCUGUUUCACUAAGUCCUGUUUCACUAAGACAAAAAGAAAUUUGAGCAUGAGGCAGGGUCAUGGAUCAGCUGUUGCACAGUGGACUCUGCCCCAGCCAUCUUGGGGAGUCAGUAUGUGGGGACCCCUCCUGCCUUUGGACUGCCCCAGCAUCCUCCUACUUCUGCUCCCCAACUCUCCUUUGUUAAGGCCUCACAGUCUCAUCCAGACCAGGGAUAUAUGCCCCAGGGGGAUAUUUUAUACCUCGACACCAGCUUUGAGCCCCUUUCUGGGUGAGCAGAGCCCCUCAAACAGAUGUCUGGCUCAUGUGAAUGCAGUCCUAGUGCUCUCGGUGGUCUCUGCAGAAGGCGGCUGCCCUGUGUUGGCAGCAGGCCCACAUGUGAGUCGAGCACUCCAGGGCUGGGCUGGGCAGUGCCCUCUUAGCUCCAUGCUGCCCUGAGCAUGGGGUUGGACCUCUCAUGAUGGGCCACGAGGGACCACAGUGGGCCAGAGCUUAUAAAAUGUCCAGUCUCCUCCUGGAGUUCCUGAAAGUCUUACUUAAACGAAGGUGUGUGUGUGUGUGUGUGUGUGUGUGUGUGUGUGUGUGUGUGUGUGUGUGUGUGUGUUGGGGGGAGAGGGGAGGAGCAGGGAAUGAGAGACUUCCUCUGGCUGGAAGGGGCCUUUUCUUCACUGUGAACAUGGCGGUUUGGGAAGAACCAGCACUUGGACCAUGAAUACUCCAGAAUCUGAGGAGGGACCUUGCUUGGAAGGAAAGGCCUGGCACUUGGAAGGAAAGCUGUCUGUCACUUCAGGGCACCUUGAAUGCACUUUUGGGAUGCUCUUCUGUUUGAGCCCAGGCUGGGGAAGGUGUUACUCUGACAGCCCUCAGAUACCCCAGGAAAAUCAACACUGUUCUCUACUGUGAGCUCCGCCAGGAGAAAGCUAUUUAAGUAUCACAUACUGUUGGUUUUGUGACUUCUUGUUUUUGUUACUCUAACUGUGUGGUUGCUAUUGUUAUUUAUUCUGGUCAUUUCAACUUGCCUAGACUGGGAAGCAGGAGCUGGCAGCCUGUACCCCCUUUGGCCAGACCCUACCUCUGCAGACAUGAGGCCUCCCAGAACCUGUCAGGAAUGCCUCACUAGUGAAUAUUUAUUUUAUUGCUUAUAACAGGAGCUGGUUUCCUAGAUCCUUGUUUUACCGUUUAUGCAUGUUAUAUUCUUGUUAAAUAAAUAUUAAAACCCUCAAAUAUGA